AUGCAUCACCACAUACUAUAUCAUGAUCCGAUAACACUUCCAGAUAUGGGUAUAUUACUUCACUUCCGAACAAUGAAGAAAGUAGUCACGGCAUUCUUGCAAAUAGAAUUGCACCAUUUUUCUUUGUUAUAUAAUCAAUUUCCCUUCUUAUUAUCAGCUACUGUUAAUUAUCAUUUGGAAUCUAGUGCUAGUGAAACAGCUUUAGAGGGAGCAAUGAAUAUUCGAGAAUUUCUUUCGAAUGAUAUCGGAUUCAAUGGAAUUAUACCCGACCAAGAUCGAACAAACCUCAGUGCCAGAAAAAUUUUAGGGAUUAUGUGA